AGGUUCCCUGGUACCUUUCUAGGGGACCAGCGAGAACACUUCCCCAAUGAGGGCCAGUAUGCCAGACCCCACUUCCCCAGGGACAUGGGCAACAUGGCAUGAGGCCACAAGAAAUGAGGUUUGGAUUCCCUCCCAGCGCUCAAGGAUCCCUUCAACCAGGCCAGGAGCAACACUUCCUCAGGCCCUUAACCAGAUGCCCGGCGGGCCCAUGGUCGACAAUGUUCCACCCCAGAUGAGAAUGUCCCACUCGGUGGACUUUUCCAGGGGGGUCAUGGGGGUCAACACCCCAGAUGGGGCUCCCCCAGCCCUUCCCCCACAGGGCUUCCUGUCCAGCAGCAACAACAUCAUGGGUCAGCCGUUCAUCGAGCUCCGUCACAGGGCCCCUCAGAACAGGAUGGGAUGCCCUUUGGGCAUGGACCUCCAAAUGUCAUGGACCCCUCCAACCAGCCCCAGAUACCACCCCAGGGCUUCAUGGAAAGGCCAGGAGAUGGGCUUCGCUGGGCCCAGUUAUCCAGAAUGAUGGACCCAUGAUGGACAGACCUUCCCAGGGAUCGGUCGUUCACACACACAUGUCGGCUAGUAUGGAGAACCUGCACCAGCAGCAGACUGAAGUCCCAAUGACCAUGGGGCAGCGACAGCAUCCUUCCUGAAUAGGUCACUCAGCCACCCUGUCACUGGUGAGCCACUCAAUGCAGCGCCAUCUAGUAUGCUCUUGCCUGGGUCUAGCACCGGUCAACGGAGGAGACUCAGAUACCAGUGGAGACGGAAUUGAGGAAAAACUUGGACGCUGAAGACUCCGCAGUAAAGGACCUUGAAG